ACCGCUCCCAAAAAAAUCCGACACUUUCCCACCGUCCAAACGCACUUCGGCACCAAAUGAAUUACCGUUUCCAAAACCUCCUCGGCGCCCCUUACCGCGGUGGAAACGCCGUGAUAACACAAAACUCCAACUUAAUCUCUCCAGUAGGCAACCGCGUCUCUGUCACGGACCUCGUCAAAUCCCAAACCUUAACUCUACCCAUCCAGUCCUCCAGCAACAUCCUUCGGAUUGCCGCAUCACCCGACGGCGUUUUCCUCGUCACUGUUGACGAUAAAAAUCGUUGCCUCUUCAUCAACCUCCCGCGACGUGUGGUGUUGCACCGCAUAACUUUUAAGCAUCCCGUAAACGCCCUCAAGUUUAGCCCCAAUGGGAAAUACAUAGCUGUAGCAGCAGGUAAAUUGUUGCAAAUAUGGAAAUCUCCCGGGUUUAAAAGAGAAGUUUUUGGUUUUGAAUUGGUUAGAACUUUUGCUGAUUGUAAUGAUAAGAUAUUGGCAAUUGAUUGGGAUAAUGAAUCAAAAUAUUUGAUUGUUGGGUCUAAAGAUUUGACUGGGAGGUUGUUUUUUGUGGAUAAAAUAAAGGGUAGUUAUAAAAAACCAUUUUUGUUUCUGGGUCAUAGAGAUUCUGUUGUUGGUUGCUUCUUUGGUGUUGAUAAGAAGAGUAAUAGGGUUGAUAAGGCAUUUACCAUUGCUCGUGAUGGUUUUAUUUUUAGUUGGGGUUAUAGUGGCAAUGAUGGUAACCAUGACUUUGGAGAUGAAGGUCUGGAGGAUGAGGAGCCGCCUUCCCCCGGAACACCAGAGAGGGAUGGUGAAGGUGGGGAAGGGAGUGUGAAGAAAAGGAAGGAUUUUGAUGGUAAAGAAAGUGGGUUUGGUGAAGUUCAGGGCUAUUUGAGUGGAGGGAAAUGGGAGUUGAUGAGGAAAGAUUGUUUUAUGCAGGCUCCAGCGAAGUUGACUGCAUGUGAUUAUCAUAGGGGGCUUGAUCUUGUUGUGGUGGGAUUCUCAAAUGGGGUUUUCGGAUUAUAUCAAAUGCCGGAUUUUGUGUGCAUACAUUUGUUGUCUAUAUCGAGGGAGAAGAUUACAACGGCUGUGUUCAAUGACCUUGGAAAUUGGUUGACAUUUGGUUGUGCAAAGUUGGGGCAGUUGUUGGUGUGGGAGUGGCGAUCAGAGAGUUAUAUAUUAAAGCAGCAGGGACAUUACUUUGAUGUGAAUACUCUGGCUUAUUCGCCAGAUUCACAACUCUUGGCUACUGGAGCUGAUGAUAAUAAAGUGAAGGUAUGGACUGUUUCGUCCGGCUUUUGCUUUGUAACAUUCACGGAGCACACUAAUGCAAUUACUGCACUCCAUUUUAUGGCCAAUAACCAUUGCCUCUUAAGUGCAUCCCUGGAUGGGACUGUUCGUGCAUGGGAUCUGUUGCGUUAUCGAAAUUUUAGAACAUUUACUACCCCUUCUUCUAGGCAGUUUGUUUCUUUGGCAGCUGAUCAAAGUGGUGAAGUGAUUUGUGCAGGAACUCUGGAUUCGUUUGAGAUUUUUGUUUGGUCAAUGAAGACGGGCCGUUUAUUGGAUGUUCUUAGUGGUCAUGAAGGUCCUGUUCAUGGGUUGAUGUUUUCUCCUACAAAUGCAAUAUUAGCUUCAUCAUCAUGGGACAAAACCGUUCGGUUGUGGGAUGUAUUCGAAGGAAAAGGCGCUGUUGAAACAUUUCCUCAUACCCAUGACGUUCUGACAGUUACUUACCGUCCAGAUGGAAAGCAAUUGGCUUGCAGCACAUUAGAUGGACAAAUUCAUUUUUGGGACCCUAUUAAUGGCUUGUUAAUGUACACCAUUGAGGGCCGUAGGGAUAUUGCUGGAGGACGUCUCAUGACUGAUCGAAGAUCAGCAGUUAACUCAAGUUCAGGAAAGUGCUUCACAACCUUAUGCUACUCUGCUGAUGGGAGUUACAUCUUAGCUGGAGGACGUAGCAGAUACAUCUGUAUGUAUGAUGUUGCUGAUCAGGUUCUACUUCGACGAUUUCAAAUAACUCAUAACCUCUCUUUGGAUGGAGUUCUUGACUUCUUGAACUCAAAGAAUAUGACAGAAGCUGGCCCAUUGGAUUUAAUUGAUGACGAUAACAGUGAUACAGAAGAAGGUAUUGCCAAACAGACCCGAGGAAAUAUAGGAUAUAAUCUACCAGGAUCCAUGCCUAAUCAUGGAAGGCCUGUUAUCCAGACAAAGUGCCUUAAAAUUGCACCCACAGGACGAAGUUUUUCAGCAGCAACAACAGAAGGUGUUCUUGUUUAUUCAAUCGAUGAAUCCUUUAUUUUUGAUCCCACAGAUCUUGACAUUGAUGUUACGCCAGAGGCCAUCGAUGCAGCACUUAAUGAAGAUCAGCCAAGCAGAGCUUUAAUUCUUAGCUUGCGUUUGAACGAGGAUACACUAAUUAAAAAAAGUAUUUUCGCUGUCAGUCCAGUAGAUAUUCCAGCAGUUGCUUCAUCAGUCCCCUACAGAUACUUGCAAAGGUUAAUUGAGGCAUUAGCUGACCUUCUGGAAAGAUGCCCACACUUAGAGUUCGUUCUUCGGUGGUGUCAGGAAAUCUGCAAAGUUCAUGGUAACUCUAUUCAGCAGAAUUCCAGAAAUCUUCUGCCCGCUUUAAAAUCUUUACAGAAGGCAAUCACCAGAAUCCAUCAGGAUUUGGCAGAUAUAUGUGCUUCCAAUGAAUAUAUGCUUCGAUAUUUAUGCUCUGUUGGCAACAAUAAAUGAAUUGAGCAUUCUUUAAUUGGUUGAAACUUUGUCAAAAAAUAUUGGAGGAAAGAUAAUUACCGUGCGUUGUGUUGUAAUACUUUAAUGUGAACCCUGAUAGCAUUAAUCAGCUGAAAGGAACAUGCUGUGUUCGGA